GAGAGAGAGAGAGAGAGAGCAGAGCAGAGCAUUCGCAGCAUCCAUAGCUCCUUGUAGUGUAGCAACCAUUGCCAGUUACCCGCUGGCAUCCCGGGAAGAAUGUUAUUGAGCGGCCAGGACCUGCACCUCUUCUUCUCCUUUCUAUGGUUCAGCCUUUUCCUCUUUAAAAGGGACAGUGUCGUGAUUAUUAGAGUUCUCGGUGCAGACCGUCCUCAGACGUCUGUUAGGUUUUAGAAUAGCCACACGCGAUAAUGACGAGGAGAGAAUAAUUUCCCCUCUGGUGAGAUGAAAACGGGCAAAUGAUUGGCAAACAUGGAAAACCUUUGAGCCACUAGUGCUGAGCGCGAGAGAGAGGACGCUCGGGAUAAUGAGAGGGACAAAGCUCCGAUCAUAAUUGUUGCUGUGGAUUUAUAUUCGUCACCUCCGGACCGUAGCAGCAGCAGCAGCAGCAGCAGUAGCAGUAGCAAACAGCACAAGCCGAGACUUUGAGUUUCGAAUCAGCAGAAAAAGAUGUUCCAGUAGCGUUCCUGGUUGGGGAUUAAGAGAUAGGGGCGGGGUGGGGGGGAAAAGAUGGAUGGGGAGGGGACAGCAGCCGCCGAACAAUAUGUGUAGCACCGGAUGAGUCCCGGGCGAAGCGAGAGAGAUGAUUUGACUUAAUUCCCACCGAAGAGCAGAAAGAGGUCACACCAUGUGUAGCAACAGACGGAGGAAAUAUCUGAAGAAGUUGCAGGUCCUAACGUCUAUAGUGACGUGCAUCACCUUAGUGAGGUGUGAUGAGAUGCCGGAACUGAACACCUUGGAGGACCACCUAAGGGUCAUGGCCAGCGAACUUCGCAACUCCUCGCUCUCCAGUCACGGGAAUUCCCCUCAAGAGAGCGACCCAGAUCUUGCUGCCAUAAAAGAUUUUCAUCUUCAAGUUACGUCCGACAAUUCUGAGCAGUCCCGCUGCCCAACCUCCUGCUUCUGCGAAGACAAGGUUGGAUACGCAGCCUGUGUAGGAGACGGCCAGUGGGCGCCGCCCGUCCUGCCAUCGGGACUCGUGCGCAUUGAACUGAGGGGCUUUUCGCUCCCACAACUUGGUCCGUCUCAGCUGAAGGUGUUUCAGGGAAUCCGUGAGCUCCAGAUCAACCACUGCAAUCUCUCGUUGUUGGUCGAUGACUCGUUCACCUCGAUGAAAGAACUGGAUGGACUGGAUCUCUCAGACAACCACUUGACAGUGCUUGGGCCUUAUUCCCUGCAUGGCCUCCAGUCUCUCAGACACCUUGAUAUAUCCUAUAACCGGCUGACGGUCUUGAACAGACCUUUCAUCCACUUGCCUUCUCUGCAGCAUCUCAAUUUGCAUCACAACUCCAUCCGUAGGCUCAUCCAAGACACAUUUCAGGGAUUAAAUCGGGUACAGUAUAUUGAUUUAGAUUCCAACGAGAUCUCUUUCUUGGAAGUGUCAGCUUUCCAGCAUCUCACAAGUUUAGCUCACCUCAUCUUAUCAAACAACCAACUCUCCAGCCUUGCAACGCUGGACUUCUUCGGAUCUCGACUCCAGUACAUUGACCUCUCAAACAUAGGCAUCGCCCGCAUACCUCAAGCACUCACCCAGUUUGUCCGGGACUUGCGGCUUGCCAGGAAUGUCAUCAGAGAAAUCCAUCGCGGAGAUCUGGACUCGUACCCUUAUUUAACUCUCCUCGUGUUAGAUAACAACAGCGUCGAGGUGCUGGAAGAAGACGCGAUUGGGAGACACGAAUACUUGUCCCGCCUGUGGCUCAAUGGGAACCAUCUGGUGAGCAUCCCACUCUCGUUGCCUCCCUCUCUUCAGGCCCUUUAUAUUGACGAGAACUCCAUUUCCGGCAUAAGGGAGGGGGAUUUUCGUGGCCUGAUCAAUCUACAGCAACUCUCUCUUCAAAACAACAACAUAUCUGUGAUCGACCCAUGUGCGUUUUGCGAACUGACGGGCCUAAAGACAUUAAAUUUACAAGGGAAUCAUAUUACCAAUCUUACAAAGAGAAUAUUUUCCCACUUACUGAAUCUCGAAUCCCUCGACCUCUCACAAAACCCUCUGAAAUCUCUCGACGGGGAAGCUCUCCUGGGUCUGGCAUCGCUGCGUUCACUACAAAUAUCUCACAUUCAGUCAGACCCCUUGGAAAUCCCUGACACUUUAUUCGACUCCUUAAAAGGACUUUGGAUACUCGAAGUGUGUGAAUCUCCAAAGUUGGUCUCAGUGAUCACAAAUAACACUAAAAUGCUGCACAGCUUACGGGGCCUUAGAGAACUCAACAUAAUGCAUAAUGGACUCACUCAGCUCAGACAAGACUUUCCAGCCUUCUUCCCUCAGCUACAGGUUAUAAAGCUGAGUGGCAAUGUUUGGGACUGCAGUUCGGCGAAGAAGAUCGAGUGGAUGAAGCAGUGGAUGCAACAUUCAUCCGUCAAUUUCUACAGAUCCUACAGCGUUCGGUGCUCAAGUCCAUUAUCGUUAAGUUAUAAGCCAGUUAUUCUCCUGGAAGAGAGUGACUACAACAGAUCGGAAAGUGACUCAAACCUCUUGGAGUCUCCACUGUCCACUCCUGUACCGCUAGCCUUCAUCACCCACGGUACUGCAUACUCUAAACCGAAUGCUACGGUAGUAAGUGAUUCCUCCGAGAUUUCCAUAGGAUCGUCCUUUGAGAUGGACAUUGAAAGACUUGAUGUGCCCUCUUCAGAGCUGUAUUCAGCUAACGUUACUCAGGAGAGUAAAACAAACAUUUCAGAUGCUGCCUCAGGCGCUUCACCAGGUCGGUUCUCUCUCCUAAAAAAUCGGACCUCAUCAGCAUUUUUUUUGUCGGUUGAAAGUGAAUUGAUUAGUGCAAAUAAAAGUGCAUCUGAAAACACUACAGAAACUCCUGCAUCACCAGAAAAAACGCCAAGUAUGCUGGUGAAGUAUGUUCCUCCUCCUCCCCCUCCACAUCAUACCACUCAAAUUCCAGCCACAGAAAAAUCUGGAAAUUUCAGUGCAUCCAGUCCAAUAACCAAAAGGCUCGAUGUUCUAGGCUCUACCAGCUUGCCUUCCCCAUCUCUACGCAACGAUGCGCCAGGGAUGAAAUCCUCCAUACGGAGCCCCACUCUGAGUGAAGACAAAACAUUUACAAAGAAUUUAAAUAUUCUGUUGAACUCACACGAUGUUGAGUCAAAGGGUGAGUUGAGAUUCGAAGGAAGUAAGUUGAGAAAAUAUAUGACAAAGUCACUCAGCUCAGAAUUGGGAAGUGAUGCAUCAACUGAUCAGCAGCAAAAACAACACCAACAAAGAAAGGUUGCACGUGAAUUUCAUUCCCACAGGAAAGAUCUUUGGCUAUACAGAGGUGAGAGCAACCACGGGCUGAAUCAGAGAAAUCCUUCACUGUCUCUUGGUAUUGGCCGGGGCAAAGUGAGUGACGAAGCAGUCAUAGGCGCUGGAAUAGUGGCGACAUUUCUGGGAGUGGCUCUCUUGAUCAGCGGGUUUUUGUUAGCCCAGGGUCGAGCGAAAGUUGGCAACUCUUGGGACUCUUCCUCCUUAACAUCAUCCUACUGGAGAGAUGGCUCAGGGGAGGACGAGGUGCUCAUGGCACCCGAUUAUGAUGCCGAGGCCAAUGAAAGCAGCAUGUGUGGGCCACAGGUAGAAAACGGAAUGGAGAUCGUCCCUGAAACUCAAACGGGAUUAAACAAGAGACUCUACCUUCUUUUGCAGAGAGACUCGUGCACAGGCAUUACCCCCGAGAGCCUCCCAGAUCCGCGUACAUACUAAAGUAUUAUCCCAAAGAGCCUCUUAGUCUUAUGUGCAUAAUAAAAAAAACAAAGUAUUACCCUUAUGGGCCUCCUAGAGCCACGCACAUGGUAACUAAAGGAGAUUUUUGUGGCUCCAUGUCGGUAGGUGUCAGCGGGUUACGAAUUUUCAUUGUUUACCUCACUACCAAGUUCAUUUGAUCUCACUGGAAUUCCGUCGUUCAUUUCUAUAAAAUUCAGUUCGGGCUAACGUCAUUAUCAUUCAUGUGGUGAAUACUGACCAGAGUGGAACUACUGAGGCCUUUAUUCUUAUAAUUAAGGCCAUUACUCUUUGAGGAAAACCUCCAUUAACCACAUGUGAAAUGACUGUUGUGGAGUUUGAAGUUAAUGAUUACAUUGUCACCCUCUCUUCACAAGCACCAUCCAUCUGUUCUGUCAUAGUACUGCUGCCGAGGAUCCUGUUGGGAAAUGGGAGAUGACUGAAAUAAUGAAAACGCUUGUGGGUACUUUAUCUAUAUCUGUACAUUGUUAAAUAGACGAAAGUAAUGCAUACAAUGCUGUAAGAUUAGUUUAAAUUGCUCUAUAUUCUUUUCGUUUAUUGGUGCUUUACAUCUGCCGGAGAAGAGAAAAGGAGAGAAUCAAUGUAUGUGCACUUGAAAUACAGAAAUGCAAGGUUCUUUCGAACAAUAGCAAUGACUGUUUUCAAGAAACAGUAGCAGAGGGAGCCUUGGAUCUUUCCUGGAUGGUGACCUCCACGGGUUCUAACCCAGUAAGUAUCCACCUUUGUGGCGUGUAAAAACAUAAACCAAAGACUGUAAAUAUCAGAAAGAUGAUAACCCCAAAGAUAUAUUCAUCCUAGAUAACGACCCCUGAAAACCCUUGGUGGUCACUAUUUAGGAAAGAACCGAAACCUUCUUCGAAGUCCUGUUCGUCCGUUCCUCCUUCAAGGGUGGACAUCAGCGGAACCGUUCUUCCAUUCAGAGUGAACCUGACUGCCAUGACAAAUGGCAGCUAAGCAGCAGCGCUCUAUAAUAGGACGAUAUGUUUACCACAAGCCUCAGCUGCCAAAGCUGAACUCUUCUUGUGUACUACCAUACUUAGGUCCUUUCAUAUUUGGAUUUCAUAAGUUUUGGUGCUAUUUUAGAUCUGACUGUUAACUUUGUUCAUUUCUUUGCUGACUCUGAAGAGACAUUCUGUGCAAAAAUUUCCUUUCGACAGAGUGAGGAGGUACUCUAUAAAGUAGUUGUAAAGUAGCACGUGUGUGUGAAUGUAAGUGUGUGUGUGUGUGUGUGUGCCCUAGUUCAGCUGUCCAGAUGUCUGUGGUCUGUUCAGUCAUUCAGAAUAGAUGCAAAACUCUCGGAAUUCCAUGUACAGUCGUGUUCAUGUGUCAUUAUUUGUGGGAUGCGUGUCGUAUCUGUUCAGUAGCUAUUAUGCUGUCUUUAAUCUAACCCUCUUUGUAGCUUUCUUAAGAUAAUAGUGGUCUAAGUCGCAGCACUGAACUCGAGAUACUGUUCCGAAGCCCUGUCUCACUGAGUUCAACCGUUUCUGUAAAUAGUUGUCCUUCAUCCAACAUGUGGAGUUUGCCUACGUGCACGAGAUCUGUUUUGGAUAAUUAAUAUCAUGAUGUCAUCUAAUGUUCAAUAAAUGAUACGAAUUUAAA